AUGUCGGCCAGAACGCGACGAUCAGGUCGUGAACGCAAGGUGAAUCCAAGAUAUGCUAAUGAUGGGUGGGACAAGGACACUCUUCGCAUUCUCCGCGCCUCUUCAGAGUCAUCAGGGUCGAGUCCAGACGAUGACCAAGGGUCCGAGAACGCGGAAAUCGUGGAACAAGAUGAUGAAGGCUCGUUCGAGGAGGAUGAAGGCGCUUCCAGUGCGUCUGACGUUCGGUCCCAAUUCUCCGAUGUUCAAGACCCAAAUGAAGACGAAGAUAACAUGAGCCUUGCCUCUGACGACCAGACAAUGGAAACUCCGCGUCUUCAAACGAACCGUGGCCGAUCUGGCACGAGGGACGGGAGGGGAGGAGUAGGCGCCAGCACCACUACACCAACCCAUUCUCGUGGUCUUGCACGCCUCGAACCCAAGGGCGCAAAGGGCCUGGUGUACCGCCAUAUUUUUGGACCCGAGUUAGACGACUUGGAAGAAGUCCUUGCAGCUCGGGACACCUGGUUAUUAGGACGCGACGUGACGCUCCCGAGUCGUAAGACCCUGUCCGUUACAUUUCAACGAGCCGAUCAAGCUAGGCGAGACAAGCAGUCCGAUCCAUCCAAGGAACCAAAGCAACACCUCCAUCCACCGAGACUACCCGAGUCCGUCGUUGACCUGAUACUGAAUCAGCAGCUCCUAAAGCCAAUUGAACCCGACGAACUUUACGAGCGAUAUCUUCACCGUCAUAAGCCUUCUCAUUCUGUUGUCCUUGGCCCAUUUGGCCGUCAGCAGCUAUAUACCUUGGACUACAAUCUCCCCAUGGAUUUCGGUUGGGCAUGGCCAAAGGUCAGUGAUGCUGGACGAGACCAGACAUCCCAGACGAGUCAACGUUACCACGAAGGCUGGCUUGUCAAUGCUGGCGAGAAAAUCAACUGUCUGGCAUGGGCUCCUCAACAGCAAGACGCUCAGUACUUGGCCGUUGCCACGAGAUGCACGUCGCACCAGAGACAGCUUGCCGGAGGGAACGAGAACAUGCGACCAGCAUUCCAUCCGUCGCCGCCAUACCCGUCCUCGAUUCAGAUCUGGGCAUUCCCUACCAAGCCCACUUCAGCCCCGGGCCUACGAACCAUUGCGAUGAACCUCAAACCGAAGCUCUGUACCGUCAUAGGCACCGAGUACGGCAACAUUCGAGCCAUGAAAUGGUGUCCAUCGACACAAAAUCCUCCAUCCACGUUCUCUACAGGAGCAGCCUUCAUCGGAAUCCUGGCCAUUCUUUGCACUGAUGGCAGCGUACACGUCCUCGCAAUUCCAUCACAGUUACCCACGCCCAUCACUCUGAAAGCCGAGCGCUCAGGGUUGACCUUCUCUCCGCCAGGAGGCACAGUCUUCACCACGCUCACGUUCGCGACUUCGACAGACCUCGUCAUCGGCGCGGCAGACGGCACCGUCCACCUCUUCGACCUCUCCGACCCGACUGGCCUCGACCCCCCACGCAGCUACACCAGCCCCCAAAUCCACUCCACCUACAUCACGUCCCUGAGCGCCGCCUCUCCCGUCCACCUCACGCCCUUCAUCGCCACGGCUUCGUCAGCAGGCGACAUGGCUCUCACCGACCUCCGCAGCCCGACCCAGGACAAGGUCACAGUCACGCGGGCCUGCUUCCCGAGCCGCGACAUCUACUUCGCGCCCUUCACGCGCAGCUUCAUCACGGGCCUCGACCGCGUCGGCAGCACGCGCAUGGACACGCAUUCGGCGGCGUUCCUCGCGUGCCACCACGUCCGGCAGUUCCACUCGAGCCUCCGCCUCGCGAAGCUGCCGGACCACAGCGGCACCGCGACCGCGCUGUCCGGCUCGCCGCACCACCCGUGCAUCUUGGUGGGCAACGCAAAAGGCCAGGUCCACGCGACCAACUACCUGCGCAAGAUCCUCCCGUACCGGCGCACCGAGCCGGGGAAACGGGUGAUGGCAUUUCUGCAGAAGCUGUGUGAAUACGACUGGCGGCCGGCGGAGACCGGGCGACGAGACGACGACGACGACGACGACACCGACGUCGAAACCCACCACCUCCACCACCGACAACGACAGUCACGAACCGCCGCCGCCGACGCCGACGCCCGGCAGCACGCCACCCGGGACAAACCAGAGCAGGAGAUUGACCUCUUCCACGGCCACGACGUCAGACCGGGCGUGUCGCGCUUUCACGAGGGCUUCAAGCCGGAGAGGAUCAAUCUGGCGUAUGUCCCCGACACGAAGAAAAAGGGGCCCAGCAAGGACACCUGGGCGGCAGAGACCAUCUUUGAGGAAGAGCAAGCCGUCACCGUGCUGGAGUGGAACCCCAACGAGUCUUGCGCGGGGAUGGCGGCCGUGGGAUGGGCCAGCGGUAUGGUCAGAGUGCAGGACUUGGCUCACGAUCUGGAAUGA